AUGGCGGCAUCUGCUUCUUCUGCUAUCAAUCUCUCCAUCAAACCCUCACAUACCUCUCUCUCAUGGAAAACUCAUCUCUCUUCUACCUCCGCCUUAGCCGUUUCUCCUCUCUCCGGCCACCGUCAUUAUCCGCGUUUCGUUAUCUACGCUGUGGGAGAUAAACCGACGGUUCUCGUAGCUGAAAAACUCGGUGAGGCAGGGGUCAAUCUCCUUAAGGAAUUUGCUGAUGUUGAUUGUUCUUAUAACCUGACUCCUGAGGAGCUCUGUAAUAAGAUCUCAUUGUGUGAUGCGUUGAUUGUGAGGAGUGGUACGAAGGUGAGCAGAGAGGUAUUUGAGUCAUCUGGUGGACGGCUUAAAGUUGUUGGACGUGCUGGUGUUGGUAUUGAUAAUGUCGAUCUUGCAGCCGCGACUGAGCAUGGAUGUCUUGUUGUAAAUGCCCCGACUGCUAAUACUGUUGCUGCUGCUGAGCAUGGAAUCUCGUUACUCACAGCUAUGGCUCGAAAUGUUGCUCAGGCGGAUGCUUCCGUGAAAGCUGGGAAAUGGCUGAGAAACAAAUAUGUUGGUGUCUCAUUAGUUGGCAAAACACUUGCUGUGAUGGGUUUUGGAAAGGUUGGAUCAGAAGUCGCCAGGCGAGCUAAGGGGCUUGGCAUGCAUGUUAUUGCUCAUGAUCCAUAUGCCCCUGCUGAUCGUGCACGUGCCAUUGGGGUGGAGCUCGUUAGCUUUGAUAAAGCCAUUGCUUCUGCAGAUUUUAUCUCACUUCACAUGCCCCUUACUCCUGCAACUAACAAGGUCCUAAAUGAUGAAACUUUUGCAAAGAUGAAAAAGGGAGUACGAAUUGUAAACGUUGCUCGUGGGGGAGUGAUUGAUGAAGAUGCUUUGGUCAGGGCACUUGAUGCAGGAAUUGUGGCACAGGCGGCACUUGAUGUUUUCACCGUGGAGCCACCAAAGGACAGUAAGUUGGUUCAACAUGAGAAUGUGACUGCAACUCCUCAUCUUGGUGCUAGUACUAUGGAAGCUCAGGAAGGAGUGGCCAUUGAGAUAGCAGAAGCUGUUGUUGGAGCUUUGAAUGGAGAGCUUGCAGCUACUGCUGUCAAUGCUCCAAUGGUGCCUGCUGAGGUUCUCUCUGAGCUGAAGCCUUUUGUUGCACUGGCUGAAAAACUUGGUAGACUUGCUGUCCAACUAGUGGCAGGUGGAAGUGGUGUGAAAUCAGUGAAAGUAACUUAUGGUUCAGCUAGAGGACCUGAUGAUCUUGACACGAGAUUGCUUCGGGCGAUGAUAACCAAGGGAUUGAUUGAGCCUAUUUCCAGUUCUUUUGUGAACUUGGUAAAUGCAGAUUUCACAGCUAAACAGAGGGGACUGAGAAUAGCUGAACAAAGAUCUCUUCUAAAUGGUUCUCCAGAAAGUCCACUCGAAUUCAUUCAGGUUCAGAUUUCCAGUGUGGAGUCCAAGUUUGCCAGUGCUCUUUCCGACUCUGGAGAGAUUAGAGUGGAGGGGAGAGUUAAAGAUGGAAUCCCUCAUUUGACAAAAGUUGGAUCUUUUGAAGUGGAUGUGAGCUUAGAGGGCAGCAUCAUUCUGUGCAGACAGGUUGAUCAGCCCGGAAUGAUUGGAAAGGUGGGUAGCAUCUUGUCUGAGGGGAAUGUGAACGUAAGCUUCAUGAGCGUUGGAAGGGUUGCUCCAAGGAAGCAUGCUGUUAUGGCUAUUGGGGUGGAUGACCAACCAAGCAAUGAGAUAUUGAAGAGGAUUGGUGAAAUUCCUGCUGUUGAGGAGUUUGUUUACCUAAAGAUAUAGGCACUAUCAGAUUUUCUGUCUGAAUGCUCUCUAUGAAGUCAAUUUUGGUAUUGUUGUGUUUUGUCUACAAGUAGGAUAAUGUAGGAGAGAAAAAUAACUUGGAUGUGAAAUUACAAACUGUACUACAUUGAGUUGUCAAUUUGACAGUUUUUUUUCUUUUUUUUGCUUCACGGGGUUUGAGCAUUGGAUUUUUCCUCGGUCAAAUUUGUAUUUGGUGAUUUGUUUUAUCAGUUACUAGAUGCCA